UUUUAUUUUGAUUAAAUUAACGUAUUGUCUAUUUGCACGGGGUUCCAGCCUCUGCGUCAGGUCAGAGCUCUUGUUCCUCUCCAGCAUGGUUCAGAAGGUGGCAGUGAUCGGCGCAGGGAUUUCUGGUCUGACCAGCAUCAAGGCCUGUGUGGAUGAAGGUCUGGAGCCCACCUGCUUUGAUAGCAGCCAUGAUAUUGGGGGCCUUUGGAGAUUUAAGGAGAAGCCAGAGCCUGGGCGUGCCAACAUCUAUCAGUCGGUGAUUGUCAACAGCUCCAAAGAGAUGAUGUCUCUCAGCGACUUCCCUCCUCCAGCUGAGCUCCCCAACAACAUGCACCACUCUCAGGUGCUGCUGUAUUUUCGCCUCUACGCUCAGGCUUUCAAGCUGCUGGAGCACAUACAUUUUGAGACUAGCGUCGUCAGUGUGAGGCAGACCCUGGAUUUUGAGGUGACAGGCCAGUGGGAGGUGGAGACACAGAGGAGAGACGGUCAGAGGAAGACUCAUGUUUUUGAUGCAGUGAUGGUUUGUACCGGACACUACACCCGUCCUCACCUGCCUCUCAGAGACUUCCCAGGUAUUGAGAGCUUUGAAGGCAGAUAUUUCCACAGCUGGGAUUAUCGCAACGCUGAGGGGCUGCAGGGGAAACGAGUGGUGGUGAUAGGGAUUGGAAACAGUGGAGGUGAUAUUGCUGUGGAUGUCAGUAGAGUUGCUGAGGAGGUGUACCUCAGCACCAGGAGCGGAGCAUGGGUUGUCAGCCGUUUGGGACCGGGAGGGAUACCAAAUGACCUUAUUGGGACUUCACGAAUGGAUAUGAUGAUGUACAAGCUCUUCCCCUCGUGGAUCAACAGGAUGGUGGAGAAGGGGCUGGAAAAGGCUUUGGACCACAGACUAUAUGGGCUGAAACCAAAAAAUGGGUUUUUUGAACGGAUCCCUGUUGUGAAUGACGACCUGCCCGGUCGGAUCAUCUCAGGUCGUGUUCAGGUGAAACCAAAUGCAAAGGAGUUCCGUGGGUCCAGCGUGGUCUUUGUCGAUGGGAGCAUCAUAGACAAGGUGGAUGUAGUGGUGUUUGCCACAGGCUACAACUACAGCUUCCCCUUCCUGCCUCCAGCUCUGCAGGCUAAAUCUGGAUACAGGCUGCGUCUCUACAAGCACGUGUUCCCUCCUGCACUGACCCAGCCUACGCUGGCUGUGGUGGGUUUCAUCCACGCUCUCGGGGCAAUAAACCCUGUGGCUGAGUUACAAGCACGCUGGGCUACAAGAGUGUUUAAAGGCUUAUCAACCCUCCCCUCAGAGGAGACCAUGGUGAAGGAAAUUGAAAAGGACUCAGUGACGAUGCAUCAGAAAUAUAUGUGCUCGGAGCUGAACCCUCUCCAGGUGGACUACACCCCCUACCGGGACUUUCUGGCAGAGCAGAUAGGGGUCCGACCGAACAUACUGUGGCUCUUCCUGAAGGACCCCAGACUGGCACUGCAGGUUUUGCUGGGUCCCUGUACUCCUUAUCAGUACCGUCUGACUGGACCGGGUCAGUGGGCUGGAGCCCGUCAGGCCAUUCUCACUCAGUGGGAGCGGGUGUUUCAGCCAUUCAGGACCAGAGUGGUACCAAACCCAGAGACCAGACGCUCCUCCAGACCAAAUGUGAUGUUUUUCUUUUCAGGUGCUGCUCUGCUGUGCUGCCUCUGCUACAACAAACACUCCAUUUCCUCUUUUUUCCGUCUUCCUGCAUUCUUCAGAGCUCCUCAGUGAGCUGAUUGCAUUAAUGAUAACAUGAUGACGGAGGCAGCAGUGAAGCAGCACACUACUGUACAACACUCUCUAUCUCUAAGUGCUGAAGGCACACUGCACUAAUUUGACAAUUAGAAAUAAAGCCUUUAUUAUUUUUAUAAUUAGCUUUCUGGCCACCCACUGAGGGUCUGUACAAACCCAGCCCAGUCGCCAGAAUGAAAUGCUGGCAUUGUGCAUUUCUGCAAAUCACAGAUAUGUCACAUUUGUGCAUUUCAUAUCAUAUCAACAAUUCUCAAGUGACGUAGAUUGCAUGUAUAUGAGCUUUCUCAUUAGGUAGAGGAGGGGAUGGUGGAUGGCUUGAUGCUUAGCUAAGAUGGCUGCCAACAGCUGACAGCAGCAGACCAGUAUUGGAGACUGAUAAAAUGGGUAUUUUUUUCAAAUAGAGCUCGGGAAAUAUCCAGCCACAUUUGUAGUGUCCAAACCGAGUAUUUUUUAGCAAGAGUUCUGGACAUGUCACACAGUGUUUGUAGCAACCAAACUGAGUAUUUUUAACAAGAGUUCACUGUGUUUGUAGAGAGGGAACCAGGUAUUUUUUUUACUUAAGUUAAGGUCAUGUCCAGCUGUAUUUGGAGUGACAAAAGUUUGCCAUGUUUGUAGCAACAAAAUCAGGUAUUUUCUCACAAGCGUUAGAGGUAUUUGUAGCGACUGAACUGGAUAUUUGGGACAUGUCCAGCCAUGUUUGGCAAGAGACUUUCCCAUGUUUGUGGCAACCAAACCAGGUAUUUUAAGUCAAAACAUAUUUUCCUAAUCCUGGCCGGGUGUUUCUGUGAGGUUUGCAGAACCAUAGACCUACAAUGCCAGCAUUUAUUCUGCCAGUGGAGUUGAAGAAACACGAUGUAACUUUGGCAGCUGUACAUUUGAAAUCAUUCUGCAGAAUUAAUCUGUCUACCGGUGACAAGUGACGGUAUAUGUGACGACAUUUUAGUCUUUACUGCUAAUGUUAUUGUUAUCAGACCAGUUGACUCAAUGUUGGGUUUCAUGCUAGUUGAUUUUGGCCUACAGGAAUGCCUUCCUGAGAGGUUCUAUUGCUUCAUGUGAUUGCAGGAGAGUUUUAAUAUGAUAAGGAAUUGACCUUGAUGCGCAGAAACAAACUAAUAAACUGGAUAAAAUGGAAGUUGCUGUGUGAUGCUAAAAGAAGAAGUCUUCCACAAA